CUAGUUUAGGUAAAACGUGUUAAAAUAAUCACGAAUUGUUUUCUAUUAUUAAACAUUAAUAAGCUCUGACCUGUACGCAACCAAAUAAAACACUAAAACUUAUCUGUGAUCAACUUAUCUCUGUAUAAAUCUUCCUUCUCUUUCUUUCUGUCCAAUUCUCUACAGAGAAGUCUUAGCAUUUUUACCAUCCAAUUCCAACUUUCAUCAUUUUUUUUGCAAAAUCAAUAACUUUUGUGUAUUUUUCCCCAGACUAAUCUCUGUUUUGAUGACUAAAUAAUUUGGAUGUAGGGUAAUACCUAAAUUCUUUCUUUCCAUGCAUUUAUUUUGGUUUUUGUGACAACAACAUUUCACUUAGUUUUUUUCUUUCUCUCGACAUCUUUGUUCUCUUAGUUAAUCUUCUUUUCUUUGAACAUUUGUGUCCAUCUCAUGAAGUUCAGGAAGCGUAGGCAAUUCUUUCCUUCUUGUUCGUCUCAUCACCAAGUAAUGAUCUCUUCGUCAUGUUCUUCUUCUCCAAACUCAUAUCAAAUUUGAAUUAUAUCAUCGAAUUGAGAGUAAUCAACAACACCACUUCAAUCUUGCAUAUACAUUGUUCUUGUGUAUUCCACCCGUUUCUUUAAUCAUCAAUGUACCGUAAUUGAGUGUCAUUUUGGUUGUAACUUGUAGAGGAGGAUGAAGCGCGGGAAAGGCGAGAAAAAGGCAACAAAGAGCCGCGAUGGCAGCGGUCAAGUAGUUCCGCUCACUGAACCAGUGGUUACAGCUACGGGUAUGGUUGGAACAAGAUCAUGGAUAGGAGGGCUCUUCACACGCUCCAAUAGACGUCAAGAAAAGUCAGUCGAAUACACUUUGUCUCCUCUUCAGGAGGAAAGACUUCAAAGGCUACAAGAUCGUAUGGUUGUACCUUUCGACGAGACACGCCCGGAUCAUCAGGAAUCACUUAAAGCAUUGUGGAAUGUCGCGUUUCCGAAUGUUAAUCUCACGGGUUUAGUAACAGAACAAUGGAAAGAAAUGGGAUGGCAAGGUCCCAAUCCAUCUACCGAUUUCAGGGGUUGCGGAUUUAUCGCUCUAGAGAAUUUGCUAUUUUCUGCAAGAACUUAUCCGGUUUGUUUCCGGAGGCUAUUGUUAAAACAAAGAGGCGACCGGGCAAAGUGGGAGUACCCUUUUGCGGUGGCCGGAAUCAACAUUUCCUUCAUGUUGAUCCAAAUGCUCGAUUUACAAAAUAAUCCAAAGCCAAAAUGUCUUCCAGGAAUGAAUUUCCUCAAACUCUUAGAAGAAGACGAGAAAGCAUUCGAUGUACUAUACUGUAUAGCUUUCGCAAUGAUGGAUGCUCAAUGGCUUGCAAUGCACGCUUCUUACAUGGAAUUCAAUGAAGUAUUACAGGCGACUCGGAAUCAGCUAGAGAGAGAGCUUUCUUUGGAUGAUAUUCAUCGGAUUCAAGAUCUUCCUGCAUACAAUCUCUUGUUCCAAUAGAAUUUUUCUUUUUUUUUGUUAUUUUCUUAGUUUGAUUUCGAUUUUUAUGUUGUACAUUAAACUGAAUUUAUGAACGAAAUGAAAAUGAUAAUCAAUGAAAUGAAGCAAAAAAAGAUUAAAAUAGAAAA